AAUUAAAAACUGUAAGAUAAAAUGUGCUUGUCGACCGUUUAGUUGGUCUAACUUUAGAACGGCAGCACUUGUGACUUAAGGGACGGGUUCACAUUUCGUUGUUUAGUUGGCUCAUAGGUUUUUACAGGGAGAGCAUCACAAAAGUAACACAAUGCAUCUGUAUUCAUUGUUAUUUCCCUUGAUGUUGUUGCCUUGCUUUAUCAGCGCGGCUCCACAACUUCUUGGGAAAUUCCCGUUUCCUCACGCCGCCUUCUCCGGUUUGUACCGUCAGUCCACCGGGUCCAAGUAUGACCUGCUCCUGGCCAGCUUUGGCAUGUUCAGUAGUGACGUCAGCAUCGUGCAUGACGUGGGGCAGUACAUGAGGGACGUCACCAAGAUUAGCCCCAGCACUCUGAGCAACAAUCUCUUGUGGCCCAACGAGAUAUCUGGAACACCAGCCGGAGCACUGAAUGGACGCUACGUCGUCAUCCCCGACGGGUUCCUGGUGCCCACCAAGACCGACGGCUCCAUCUCCCUGUACAACCUGGACUCACCUAACGGCAGUCUUCACGUGAUCUCAACCGGGAGCAUUGAUUGGUUCUACCACCGCGUCAUCUGGCACGAUAUGAAUAAAGAUGGGACUCUCGACGCCCUCACGUGCAGGGCCAACAAACCGCUCAUUGGUGCUACCUCAGGUGAGCUGCUGUGGUUCUCUAACCCCGCUGGGCACUCCGUGGACAGACCCUGGAGUGAGAACGUGAUCGCCCAGGGUCCGGACGUCUUCUUUGACGUGUCCAAGUUCACGGCCGGCGGCAAAACCUACGAGGUCAUCGUUGUGGCCCAGUUCUUCCACCCGUCCUUCAAAGUCUUCUGGACGGAGGACCCACGACAGAACUGGUCGAACCACACCGCAAUCAGGAGCAAGGUCAUCGACACCCCCGCCGGGAAACCCUUUGAUGUCGUCAUAGCCGACGUCAACGCCGACGGCAAACUGGACAUAGUGGCGACAACAAACGACGAGCACAACGGUACAGUGCUGGUUUACCAGGUGCCCGCGGACUUCAGAUCUGGAACAUACACACGUCAUCUUCUAACAUCUGGCUACGCAUCUAAAUCGAUUGGACCAAACAAAGGUGGACCUGGAUCGCCUUACGUCGUAAAGACUGGAGCAUCAAACACGAAGCCGUCGAUUCUUGUAGCUGGUGAUGACGCAGCCGUUGUUUCCCUGCUGACCCCCGCAGCACCAAGUGACCCAAACAACUGGAACUACGCCAGGAACGACUUCCUCACCACCGGCUCCAGCACGGUGGGCGGGCUCAGCUUUGCUGACGUCGAUGGUGACGGGCGGGUGGAGUUAUUUGUCCCUUCGUAUGACGAGGGAAAGGUUGACGUGUAUCGUCUGUAGUUAAGCUGUACCAUUAGGACAACGGCCGAUACUUUAUUUAAGCUGUGAAUAUUCGUCGUUUCGUGUAUUGCUCCUAACAUGUUUCUAGAUUGAAUAAACAUUUUAAACCCAGUAUUUGAACUAAGAUUAUGAUAAUGCUUCAUAUUUUGUCAAUAAACAUUUGAGUUGUUUAA